AUGCCAUCCUAUCGAAAGAUUCCCAAGGAGGACCUGCCCUCCAACGUUAGCCUGCAUGCCGAAGUUGGGUAUUCUUUCGAGACUGUGACCAUCGACGUCCCGGUUUACUUGAAUUGGCUCCUCUCGCGCUUCUUAGAGAAAGGAGGUACCAUAGUCCGGGGCCAGUUGCAACAUCUUUCCCAGCUCUUGGAAGCGGGAACCACACCCUUCUUAUCCCCUGAGGAGCGCGCCAAUCGGGCCAAGGGAUCAAAGUCAGGUAAGAGUGAGUGCCCAGACGCAGUGGUUGUAUGCGUUGGCCUCGGAGCACGUACUCUCGGGGGCGUUGAGGACGCGACAGUCUUUCCAGCUCGGGGACAGACCGUCCUCAUACGUGCUCCCUGGAUCAACUUUGGGCGAACUUUCUCGGGGGAAAAUAACGAAUGGACGUAUAUCAUCCCAAGGAAGAACGGCGACGUCAUACUGGGCGGCACCGUUGGGUCGUCAGAUGAUUGGUUCCCGAGUCCGCGUCCAGAGACGAUGAGGGAUAUCUUGAAGCGCACUCUCGCGUUGUGUCCUGAGCUAGUUCCUCCAGGUUCUCGCAAAGGAGGGAUACAGGAGGUUGAGACCCUACUUCCCCUUGUCAUAAGCGAAGGUUGCGGUUUGAGGCCAAUGCGGAAGGAGGGUCUCGAUAUCUCGACCCGGUAUAUAGAUCCGCCUACAGGGAAGAGGAUCCCAGUAGUCCACAACUUUGGGUGA